GGCUCUACCACUAAGCUAUCUAUAAAUGAACAGGGCUCUAAGGGAUAUCCUCAUGCACUCGCAAUGGCAAUAUUGGUGCAUCACACCUUCAUUUCACUUCGGCUCACUUGACGAAUUGAAGAGGUCGGGCUGCGCAUGAGAACGAGCGAUUUACUAGGCUAUUAGAUGAAAUAUAACAUUAUUUUUUUUUAACAAAGCAAACUAUCAAAUCAACGAAUAACCGUCCGUAACCUAUCAUUGUUGUUUAGAAGAGAAAGUUCCAUCUCCUGACUCCAACGUAUUACACGCCUGCAGUCAUGACUGAGAACAUUCGUAUCAACAAUCCCAAUGUGAAGUACACAGAUACACACAUCGAGGCUCAAUACUGCUACCAUACUUCUGCUGUACGCAGGGAUGGAGACACACUCACAGUGACCCCCUCUGUUAGUGAGCUUGAGUUCCGUACUGAGCGACGUGUCCCCAGGCUGGGGGUGAUGCUAGUUGGCUGGGGAGGAAACAAUGGGACAACCGUCACCGCUGCUGUCCUGGCCAACAGACUGGGACUCACCUGGAGAACCAAAACUGGAGAACAGAAAGCCAACUACUACGGUUCCCUCUUCCAGUCCUCAACUGUGUGUUUAGGGCCGGGGCCAGAUGGAAAAGAAGUUAACAUUCCGUUCCGUGACCUCUUACCCAUGGUGCACCCUAAUGAUAUCGUCUUUGAUGGCUGGGACAUCUCAUCCAUGGACCUGGGCAGUGCAAUGGAGAGAGCCGAGGUCCUUGAUUGGUCCCUCCAGGAGAAGCUCCGCCCACACAUGAGCUGCCUCCGACCCCGAGCCUCCAUCUAUAUCCCAGAAUUCAUAGCUGCCAACCAGGCGGGCCGAGCAGACAAUAUUCUGAAAGGGACCAUGGCUGAACAGGUGGAGCAGAUCAGAGCAGACAUUCAGGACUUCCGGCAUUCAAGCGGCGUGGAGAAGGUCAUCGUUUUGUGGACGGCCAACACCGAACGUUUCUGUGACCUCACAGCCGGGGUCAACGACACGGCCAAGAAUCUCCUGGCUGCCAUACAGUCAGGUGGGGAGGUGUCUCCCUCUACUUUGUUUGCCGUAGCCAGUAUCCUGGAGGGCUGUGCCUACAUUAACGGUUCUCCCCAGAACACGUUUGUCCCUGGGGCGAUAGAGCUGGCUGUGGAGAGAAAUGUGUUCAUAGCAGGAGAUGACUUCAAGUCUGGUCAGACAAAGAUCAAGUCAGUCCUGGUCGACUUCCUCAUCAGUGCUGGGAUCAAGCCCACCUCCAUUGUCAGCUACAAUCACCUUGGCAACAAUGAUGGUAUGAACCUCUCAGCACCACAGCAGUUCCGCUCCAAGGAGAUCUCCAAGAGCAAUGUGGUGGAUGACAUGGUCAACUCCAACCCUAUACUGUACCGCAAAGGGGAGAAACCUGACCACUGUGUGGUGAUCAAGUAUGUGCCGUAUGUGGGGGACAGUAAGAGGGCGAUGGAUGAAUACACCUCUGAGAUCAUGAUGGGAGGAACCAACACUAUCGCAAUGCACAACACCUGUGAGGACUCUCUGCUAGCCAGUCCUAUCAUCCUGGACCUGGUCCUCCUCACAGAGUUGUGUCAGCGUGUUUGUGUUCGGCCCCAAGGAUCAGAGACCUUCCAGUCCUUCCACAGUGUCCUGGCUAUCCUCUCCUUCAUGUGUAAAGCUCCCCUCAUCCCCCCUGGGGCCCCGCUGGUCAAUGCCUACUUCAGACAGAGAGCCUGCAUUGAGAACAUCAUGAGAGCGUGCCUUGGUCUCCCCCCUCAGAACCAUAUGCACCUGGAGCACAAGCUGCAGAGGGGCUUCCUGCCUCGCCACGACAACCGUAUCUACGACAAUGUGGCUACCAAGAUGGUCCUAAGCACCGGUUACCACGCCUCCCAACAGAAUGGUGUCUGCGCACACGUGGUGAAAGAGGCAACGAUUGGAUAAUGGCUGCACAUUAGGUCUCUGUCAUCACGGGGAAGAUUCUAGAAGUGUCCACAGCCAUAGAGAAACAAUUAGAUCCAUAGUUUAGUUUAUUAGGAUCCCCAUUAGCUGUUGCACAUGCAGCAGCUACACUUCCACGGGUUACACACUAUUACAUAUUCAGAUACUUCUACUGUGCAGUUAAAUUAGAUCCAUAGAAAGUGAGCCAAACUCUUUAUACAGCAUACUGUAUGAUGAUCAUGUUUUAUUUGGCCUGGUUGUGUAAGAUGCAUACAGUAGCAAAAAUGGGCUCAAACCAUUGUAACUUUUGAAUGACCAGUUUAAUAUUCUGUGGUUUUAGACUCUUAUUGCUCAUAUACAUACAAACUUAACCAAACUCUGUUCUUGUAUUUGUUCCAAUGAAUUGUAAAAUGCAAUGUUACCCUACCACCCCGACCCUGCUUGGAGUAAACUAACGGACCGACCCUGCUUGGAGUAAACUAACGGACAACAAUACUUCUACUGCUACUUACAGCUAUUUUCGCUCACAUCUACGAUACCUGUAUUUAAAAAAUUAUACAUAUAUUCUUGAUUUCCCCUUCAAGUGCACGAUUUUCACCCACAGCAGCCAAUCCACAAUUCAUUCUGAAAAUCCAACCCUCCAAUGUCCACAGAUUAACCCAUCUUUCCCUGUAUGAUGCCAUUUUUAUAUUUCCUUUUGCAAUACAUCCCUCCAUUUUACGAUGUCUUUUGAGUCCUUGUAACAUUUCUACCGAUAUUGCCAAAAAAAUAAAUACUUUACCCAAGAGUAUAA